AUGGGCACAGACCGGCAGCCCGGGCCUCCGCCAGGAGGUCCGCCCCACUCAGCAGACAGCCAGUCACGGCUGCCUCUCGGCGCAACUUCUUUCCCCUCGUAUGCUCCGUCGCGUUCUUCGCCGAACGCGCCUUCUUCGGGGCACCUUCUCGGUCCCGCGCCGGCGUCUAACGCACCGCCCUUCUUUCCACAUCGUCUCCCGUUCUCCGCUUCUUCUCUCGCCUCCUCCUCGUAUGCGUCCUCGUUUUCCUUCGCUCCUCCCUUCGUCGCCUCCGGCCACGCGCCAGGCGCCCCACACACUGUCCCCAGACACCCCGCGGCCUUCGGGCCUCUCGGCGCCCCGGCGGCUCCACCCGCCCCGCCCUCGCAGGCGGACCCUGCGGAGGCGCAGUUCUCGCCAGCUCUCAGUGGAGCGAGCGGCGAGCCUUCUCAGACUGGGCCCAUGCGGCGGCCUCCAGGCCUCGUGAAUCCUGGGCUGUCAGGCCAGAAAGACGGCGUGCCGAGACAGGGCGGGAGUGGAAACGCGUCUCUGCCGCUCGCCGAGAAGGACGCCGCGGCGGCGGGAAGGCGAGAUCUCACUGGCGCCCCGUUUGGAGACGGUCAGCAGUUCGAGACCCACCGCAUGCAGGCUGCCGCGCCACCGUCGCCCCUCCCCGGCCACACCUACGUCUCUGGCAUCUCAGGAGGGAGGAUGCAGCUGUCGCCGGAACAGAUCGGCGCAGCCGCCCGAUCGGCAGCUGGGGACGUCGAACCCUCUUCGCCGCUGUCCGGCGGCCAGAGCCGCGCUGCACGUCCUGCCGGUCCGCCCUGGCCGCCCUUUGCCCCGUCGAGUUCCCAGCCGGCUCGGCCGGGGCCCUUGGCGAGUGGCGGGGCUGCGUCCGCGACUCGUUCUUCUCCCCCCGUCUCUGCCGACUGUUCUUCGUCUCCAGCUCGUUCGCCUCCGGGCGCGACCUCGCCUUCGCGACGCACCGCGGCGCCGGGGCCAGGCGCGUCUCCGUCUGCGGACCUGUCUGCAACGGCCCCGACGUGUCCGCUCGCGCCCUCCACCACGCCGCAGGAACUCCUCGACCUCCUCUACCCUGCAGUCAGCGCCUUCCCAGGACACAGUGCGUCGUGGGCGGCUGCAAAGUCUGGCGCGUUUCUCGCAUCGCACGCAGCCGCCUCGGCUGCAUCCUCGCGGCGACUCCCCGCCGCCCAGAAGGGUGCGCUCGGGAGCGCCAGGGACGCCUGCAGCGCAGCGGCGGGCCCCAGCUUGUCGCCUUCCCACUUCCAGCAGCUGCGGUGCGGCCUCGUGGUGAAGCAGGCUGACCAGCGCGAGCUGUGGAGGCGGUCCUGCGCGGCGGCUUCACUCGGAGCGCAGGCCGCGCAUGCGCCCCACACGCCAUGCACGCGCCUGGGGCUCCGUCCCGCUUCAGGCUCUGACAGCGAAGAUGGCUUGGAGGACCGCGUGGCCGCAGAAGCCAGCGAGAGGGAGGCUGAGGGACGCGCUGCGCGUCUCUCGGGACGCGAACGCGGCCUGGCACUCGCGGGGAGAGCCGCAGGCUGGUUGUGGCAGGGCGACGCGCCUGUGGGGCGACACGACAGGGAUUCCAGAUGUCGCCGCUGGACGGAAGAAACCUUGGAACGUGUGUAUCUCCUGCGGGAGUACGGCGGCGUCUUUGCAGACGCGUGCGAGAGACCGGACUCCCUCGCGCUCCUCGGCCCUCUUGGCGCGCCCUCCGGUCCGUUCUCGGCGACGCUCGCGCGACAGUCGCCGUCUGCGUGGCUGCAUGUCUCCGCGGGGAUGUCGCCAGACGCUCUCGCGUCCCUCUUCUGCGCGCCUGCGCCGUGCUCGCCCCUCGCCCUCCUGUCUCCUCGGCAUUCGCCUGCGAUAGGCACUCUGCCGCUCGCGCCGGCUCUGGCCGCCGAGUGGCAAGAGCUCUUCUCCUCGCUGCGGCUCGCUGCGUGCACGUUCUGGCUGCUGACUGUGCAGACCGAGGAGGAGAUCGCUGCGGCCGACCGGCGCUAUCGAAAGAAAGUCGAGGUAUGGGAGUUGCAGCGGGAAGUCCUGGAGAUACAGGACCGGCUGUAUCAACACCAACUCCAGGCGCCUCGGGGAAACAGUUCGUCGCUCGCGCGGCACGCCUGGAAAGUCAAGCGCCGCUUUCUGUUCCACACGUAUGCGCAGAUUGCGCAAAAGUACCGCGAAGCGCUGUCCGAGCAGCAACGCGUUUCAGACGUCUCUCCUCAGAACUUCUUCUCUCCCCCGUUCUCGCCGUCGCAACUGUUCGAUGCCAGCGAAAUUCUCCCACACGCCCGGCGCUUUGCACACCCCGGCAACUCCUUGCUGACGCUCAGAAACAUCGGCUUCCCCCGAUGCUGCUGUACAGACGCCGCGACGACCGCCGCAGCGUCUGGUCCGCUGCGAGCUUUUCGGCGACUUCCCGGGUGCACAUCGACCUGCGGAUGCCGCGUCUGCGUCUACGGCCUCGCGGGGAGUGGACACUCCCCAGAAGAAGGCGAGGCAGGCGCCAGCCUGUUCGAGCGGGAGGCCGCGAGUUCCGAGACGGCUUUUUCGCCGCGCGCGUCGCCGGACGCCUGCCAAAACACCCAGCACGAGGACUCGAAACCGCUGUGCGGGGCGUCGGCCGACGGGGAGGCAGCAAAGGGCGUGUCGUCUUUGGGAAGUGGAGAAGGAAUCGGGCGAGGCGGUCCCGCCUCAGCUUCUACAGGCCCCGGCUCGAGAGACAGAGCAGCAGCGGCGAUUGGGCAGAAGCCGUGCCAUGCUGGCCUCUCCAAGGACGCAGGGGCCGAGCUUGAACCUUCAAAGGCGCAUUCGACAUUCGGUGGCGGCGCGGCCGGCGAGGCCUCGCUGGAGGAGGAGCGGACUCGGAGUCUUUCAGUGUCCUCCACAGGCGACCCCACAGUCAAAGUGAGUGGCGUCAGACACGAGGCUGCGUCCCGGCUUCUUCCGGAGUCGGAUGAGAACGCGUACUCGGACGGGAAUUCACGAGCCGCGUUUCCGGUGUCUGCGCAGCCUCGUGAGGCCGGCAAAGACGUGCUCGACGCAGGGCCUUCUCUCGCGCCGCUCAGCGCCCUUCGUUCGGGCUCGCUCCCAGACGACGUCGCGCCGUCGCCGAGUGGACCGCGCACCGCCUCGAACGCGUCUUUCGGGAUGGGGCACCCGACCUCUUCGCGAGCGGACCUCGAUGACGAGUUCGAGUUCGACGACGCCGACAUGGAGGAGGCGCAGCAACACCCCUCCGGCGCGGGCGCGGGCGCGGACGCUCUGAACCGAUCCCUGCUUCACCCUGGGUCUCGCGCGGCCCCCGCGCAGGCCGAGGCCCAGCCGGCUUCGGCCGGCGCCUCAGGUGUCUCCGCCGGAGGCCCCGGGCCCGGCGCUGUCUCCGGCGGACUCGGGCCCGCCGAUGCACACGGGCGCCACCCGUCGGGCGCGCGCCAAGGUGCGGGCCCGGGCCUCGGCGGGGGAACGCGUCCCGUCGGGGGCGUCGGGCCUGGGGGCCCGCGGGCUUCGGGCCCCGGGGACUUGGGGACCGCCGCAGGGGCGUCCAGCUCGCCCCAGAUGGCCUCGCUUGGAGGGGGGAGCGGGGUGGGGCGCGACGGUGGGGCCCAGGGCUCGACCGUCGGGGUGGGCCGAGGCCCACAGGCUGUCUCCGGUGUCUCAUCUGCGCAGUUUCCAGAAGACGAGGGGACCCUCGCCGCCGACGGCAAGGGGUUCGCCGCCCUGCAUCCCGUCGUGCUGCGCGAGUCGCUGUGGGGCGAAGUCGAGGGCACUCUGGAGUGCGACAUGACUCGUGUCCAUCGCCUGCUACACUGGAAGAAGAAGGAAGCGGAGACCUUGGCGGUGGCUGCAGCUUCCGCGGCGCGCGGCGCAGCUCAGAAGGCCCGGACGCGUCUCGACCCCGACAGCGGGGCGACUGAGGAUGGCCUUGCGGCGAUUUCCAGCGCCGCGACUGCCGCAGCCCUCACCGUCGAGGAAGAAGAAACCGCGCUGCUGACCGAGAGGAUGGAGCUGCUGAAGCAGGCCGAAUCAAAUCUCGAGCGCGCCGUCCGCAGUCUCGAAGGCGGCACGUGGAGCGCGGGCGUGUCAAGCUUCGGGCCGACAGCUUCUGCGCUCGCGAAGGCCUCACCUUUCGAUAUGCCUCUCCGCCACCAACAACAGGCCGAGCGCUUUCUCUUUCUCUUUCUCUCGGCCUCUUAUCUGCUCCCCCCCGCGCCGGCCGCCUCUGCUUUGCCGCGGGUUGAAGAGCUGCCGGACUCGCCGCCUGGCUCUUCGUCCAGGGCGUUUUUCGUGGCGAAGGCAGGCAAAUCCGAGAAGAGCGCUCCCCUCGCUUCUUGCUUCGAACGCGAAGAGAAGGCGUAUCGCGGGUCCCAGGACGCGCUUCUCUCCUGCGUCUUCUUCGAUCUGAACGAUGACCUCCUCUUCCGCCUCAAUGAAGAACUCCCAGAAAAAACUCCCCAGGCAAGAAACGCGCGUCCUGACACGACGAAACACGCGAAGCGUGCUGACGAGGACGAGCUCGGCGACCGCAGUUCGACUCCCCCCGUUCCAGGCGCCUCUCCCGGGUCUGCAGAGACGCAGGGAGAAGCCCCGUCAGCAUCGACCGCUGCUUCUUCCUCGUCUGCGUUGGGAACGGGGAGCGCGAGCGCAGCCAUCGCUGCUAUCGGCGCAUUCUACGACUCGGACGGCGCCCUGGCAGGCGUGUCGCGCACUGCGGCCUUGCGGCUCCGGCGAAAGGCGAAGCAGGAGGUGUUGAAACUCGACAAGCAAAAACGAAUCGAGUUGGUCAAGCAAGGCAAAAGUGCGCUGGAGCUCCACGCCAUGGCCGCCGCAGAGCAAGAGACGCGGUCUUCGAAGGCGCGCAGUCCGCUCCAGGAGUUCGUCGUGACCCUCGGGGAGUUCUCUUUGAAGGAGAAGUUGGGAAAUGUUUUGCAGAGGUUGAACACAUCGUUCGAUGCGUUUCAAGAAGACAGGCGCCUGCAUUGUCGUGGCAAAGAACAGGGUUUCAGAGGCGGCAUUCCGCUGAUCCACACCAAAAUCGCGUUUCAGCUUCAAGGGACACAUCCGGUGGCGGGGCGCCGCGGCCGGCUAGCCAUGCUCCGCUUCCACCGCCCAGACUUUCGCUCGGGGCUGCUCGCGUCUCAGAAGAGUCUCGGCGACGCUGGAUCGUCUGUCUCGAGCUCCUGCGCGAGAGAAGAAAGACGGCGGAAACUCCUCGGCGUUCAGAGUGUCGAGCGCGCGCCGUGGGUCAUCCUGCCGCCUGAACCGAGCGAGGUUGUGCGGCGGCUGCGAGAGGAGUUGUACGGCCGGAGUUCGGCUGGGGGCGAAGACGGAGACGGGGCCUUCCCUCGCCUCGACCGCGACGAAGAAGACAAAGCGUCGAGCGUUUCGAGCGCACGGAGGCAGGCGGAGACAGGCGCGCAGAGCGACCAGACGCAAGACGAGAGAACAGGAGGGAAUGGGGGCGGCGCGAUUCGACUCGAGGAUCGGGAGGGCAGAGAAGGCGAGCGGGAGACCAUCCACUUGGCGAAUCACUUCUACACGCCGCAGGAUCUCUCCCUGCGCGACGAUGCCCCCAUCGCCGUGUUUGAGUACAUGGAGCAGCAGCCGCUCCUCAUGAACAACCCUGGAAUGGCCGUUCGAAUCAUCCGACAUUUCCUCCCUCCGACGCCGCCAAACUCCGAACUCACGCGGCAAGAGCAGGUCCAGCAAGCGGAGCGGCAACUCAAGGGUCGGCUGGGGCCUUUCGGCGAGUUACAGCUUCAGCAGGACGACGCGAAAAUCAUUCUCUUCGGUGCACGUUUGCCGCUGUCGAGAGGCCAGGGCCAGGCUGUCGCCGAGAGUCCCUUGCUGAAGGCUCCAGUGUACAUCCACCCGAGCACGCCCAACUUGCCUGUGAAGCGCGAAAGCCGCUUCCACGAUUACCGAGACACAGACUUCAUUCUUGUCCGCACCCGCGCCAAAGAUCGAUGCAAGGUGUACCUACGGCCGCUGCUGUAUCCGCCUCCCGAGAAAAGCGCCUGUCGCUCAGGCUUCCCGUUCCACCGCGCGUCCGGCUUGGAGAGUCUCUCGGUCCUUGGCAGCCCCGCCAACUGCGGUGUCUAUACAGUCGGCCAGUGCGAGCCGCGAAUGGAGGUCCACGCACCGAACUCCAAGAAGCACGUGGACGACCGAAAGUUGCAUGCAAAGGCCUGGGCGCUCAGGUUCGCUGCUGAGCGGAACGUGACGGAUAUGAAGCGCGUGAAGGAUCUCGUCAAGCAGCGCUUCUGCCCGCCGGUCAUCGAGAAGGAAGUGACGCAGAUGUUGAAGCUGCUUUCGCCGAUUGCCCCGCAUCGUCUGCCGCGCUUGGACGACGUCGCGCUUCGCUCGAUCAUCCGCCCCGAGUUGAUUUGCUGUCUCGAGGCCGCGCACGCCGCGCUGUAUCGGCUGAAGGCGAUCGGGAUCAUGACGCUGACGUCGGCGGACGGCUUGUCGGGAGUCGCGCAGUUCAUCGAGAAGGAAGAGCGUCAUGCGCAGGAGAAGGUUUUGGCUGCGAAGAAGCGCAUGAAGGAGAUCGAAGUGAAGUUCCGACAGCAGGCCGAGGCGCGGCUUCCGGCCUCGGGGCCGGGGAACGCGGAACUCCGUGAGAAAGCGAUGCAAGAGGUGAACGCGGCGUGUCAGCGGGCGAGCGCGGCGCUCCUCAGUGUAUGCACAGCGUACGCGGAGAGCCGGAUUGGAAAGCGGUACGGACACCUCGUCCGGUUCAUCGAGGAGUUGCUGCUCCUGACGCCCUGGAACUUGACCAAGGAGUGCAAGGACGUCCUCACAAAUAAAGGCAGCGCGCAGUUCAUGCUCACGGGUUUCGGCGACCCUUCCGGCGGCCGCGGCGAGGGCGUUUCCCUCAUCAAACGCCUCAACCGCGAGCGGUCCGGUCUCUCCUUCCUCUCCGGGAUGGGCCGGAACUUCGGCAGCUUCUCACGCGACGGCGCGCGAUCCCUCGCCGGGGCGUUCGGCCCGGGAGGCAUCUUCCUUGGCGCGCACCUCGGCCCCGCGGCCAUGAGCGGCGGCGUGGCGGGAACCGGCGAAGAUCUUCGCAAGCUGUCCAUGCAGGAGCUCCGGCGCCGCCUGAUCCAGUACGGCCUCUCGGAGUCGGUGAUUCGCACGCUCCCGCGGUGGGACCAAGUCGCCCUCGUUCGGCAAUACCGAGAUGGGUUCGGCAGCGCAGAUUUCGCCGGCGACGACGCGGACGGCAAGAAGGGGAGGAGCAGUCUCGUGGCAAAGGGCGGCAGGCUUCGCGGCGAGGAGUACGAAGAACGUCUCACAGACAUUCUGCAGAGACAAAAGAAGGCGCUGGAAGCCGACGCGCCGGCGAUCACCGACACCGAAGACGAAGAGGAAGACGAGGACGAGGCGGCGCGCGACGCCCUCGCAGAAGACGAAACCAAAGACGAUGUGGAGAAAAAGAAAAAGGGGAAGAAAGGGAAACACCAAGGCGAAGAAAAGGCCGGAACCGCGAAAAAACAUGCGGCCUCUCCGGGGACCAGCACGACCGGAGAUGCGACCGGAACCGGACAAGACAAAGGAGUCGAGGACGCCCUGCUCGCCGCCCUAGAUGGAGAAGAAGAAGAAAAGGAGGCAGAUGAAGACGAACUCGAACGGCGCGAGCUCCAGGCGCUGCGACAGCGACAGGAGGCACGGACUGCCAAGCCGCUGACCGCGGAGGAGCAGCAGAGGGCCGACAUGAAGGUUCAGGCCGUUCCGUGUCUCCGGUGGAUUCGCCGCUUCCGCCAGCAGGCAGGCGAGCCCUUUGGCACGGAGCGCGUCGUUCUUAUAUACGGAGAAAAGAACAUAAAAGAUUUCAUCCAGUGGCGCACACGGCGCCUCGAAGAAACGCGAGCGCGCAUGCUUGCGUCGACAAGGAGCAAAGAGGCCUUAGCCGGGAAGCGCGUGUGUCGAGCCUGCGGCCAACCAGGACACAUUGCUUCCAACGUGAACUGUCCUCUGUAUAACGGCCCGAAGCGUCCAGCAGCUGCAGCGACACCACCGCCGCCUCUGAAGAAGCGUCGGAAGGAGAACCAGGAGUUGGAGGAGGAUUUGUUGAUCGGCCUGUACGCGGAGGGGGGCGAAAACGACAGCGAAGUGAACGGGAUGGUGGCGGCGAAUUCGCAAGCUUCUGGAGGGACGCCGGGGCGACAGCGAGGCAGCGGCGUGUCGAGCCAUCGGGCGCGCGCAUCCCGGGCUGCCUGGGAAGACGACGAGGACUUUCUGGGCGACGGCGCGUCGUCUGUCGUGUCGUACACGAGACGGCGCGGCGGCUCGCGGAGCGUGGUGAGCGCUGCGGACAGCCACGUGCACUUUGCCGGGAAGGGCGGCGCGGGGGCUCGGAAGAAGACUUCGCGGAAACGCGGCGCAGGCGCUGCUGGGUCAGGGCGAUGCCGCGAGCGCACAGAGGAGGAAGACGACAGAACGCUCGAUGAAGACGACGAGGAAGGAAGCAGAUGGGCCCCGGAACGCAACCGCCGCACCGCCACCGACGAGCUGAACAUCGCGCUCGCCCGAAUCGUGAACGUCGUCCUGCAGCAACAGAUCUUCAAGCCGUUCUGGCAACGCGUCGACGAGCGGUACGCCCCGAACUACUACCGGGUUAUCUCAAAUCCGAUGUGGCUGCAAAAGAUCGCCAGCAAGUGCAAGCAGCGAGAGUAUUUGUCCGGCGAGCAGUUCCUAGCGGACAUUCGCUUGGUGGUGACGAAUUGCUUCCUGUUUAAUCCGCCAAACUCUCCAAGUGCUUGGCUCCGCGAGCGAGCGACGAAUCUCGAAGAGACGGUUCGCCAGAAAUUCGAGGAGCAGCGGGCGACGGUCGCGGAAUGCGAAGCGAUCAUCCUGGGGCACGUCGGCAUGGGCGGCGACGUGGCCUUGGGUGCGGCCGAAGGUGAGGGAAUGGAGGCUGCGCAUAUGGACUACUCGAUGAUUUGA